GCACGAGCCAGGAGAUUCAAUCCCUUUGCCACUGCGUGCUUUCUGUCCCACCUCUCGCCGGCCGCUCCUCGUCAGGCCUCGUCUCGCAGCGUGCCGUGUGUGUCGAAGGCGUUGCGCGCACCCCGUCGCGGCCUGCAGCCCAGCAAACGCCUUGCAUGCAGAACUAGCUAUGCACUGAUCUCCACUGCACCGGCACUUUUACUCCCCAUCGCGGACAAGACGUCCCUCGCCUCGGCGACCGCGCUGUUGCGCCCCAACUGCUGUUCUGACGGCUCCCUGGCGCAGCCAGCAAGCAGGCAGAAUGGACGUCCAACCACAGCUACACCCGCCGGUCCCAAGCCUCCCCGCCGACGCCAGCGCCAAACCCGCGGCGACCCGCCCGCGACGACGAAGCUCAGUGCCCGCCGUGCCCGCCGACAUCCACGUGAAGAAGCGCUCCGCCAACAUCAUCCGCACCCAGACGGCGUCGCCCGAGGUCAUCUCGUCCCUGAUCGACUCGCUGUCCGCCAUCUCCGCCUCCAAGGACAACUACUUUGAGAACCUGCCGCUCGGCUACGGCGAGAGCCUUUCCGUCCCAACCAGCCCGCACGACCGCCACGAUGCCGUGUCUGCGGCUGGCGCCUUCCAGAGCCUGAGCAGGCAGCCGUCCAGCCUGGACAUCGACGACGCAUGCGAGCCGCCCGUCAUCAAGACGUCGAAGCCGCCCUCGGGCUACUCGCCCUUGACUGCGCCCAAGAAGAAGGACAAGGAGAACUCGUUGCGGAGCUACAUGAGCAGAGGGGGAGACAGCUCGGCGUCGGUGCACUCGGCGCAGUCUCUACGCUCCGUGAGCAGCAUCGGCAACAUCAGCGUCGAGGCGGGGAUCCCCAGGAAGCCAUCCGACAGCAGCACCAGGACCUCUGCCGAGAGCAAGCGGAGCGCAAAAGCACACCGCAGCCUGAUGUUCAUGCCUUCGCGGGAGAGGCUGCGGUUGAAGGAUGCCGAGCGGAAACGCCACACCAUACAGACGCAGGCGCAGCCAACAGAUGCUGCAGUGCUGCCCGACAUCGCGAGGAAGCCUGUGCCGAAGCGGUCGUUUGCAGAGGACACCAUCAACGAGGAACCAGUGGUUGCAGAAUCGUCUCGAGCUGCCGGAUCCCGUCCCGCUCGCAGUAUCCUGAAUUUUGUAGACGGAAACGACGGAGGAAGUCCCACAGAAAAGAAUCUGAUCCCAGAACGCGGCUCAUCGCUCCGACACUCUGGCUCACCGUCGCGAAAGAGCAAAAAAGGCGAUCGUGGCAAGUCGACUCGCCAUGACUCGUAUAGAGCAAGCACCGUGCUUGAGGAGGAUGAAAACGUUGAUCAGGACACUGCGCCAGACGACAAAAUCUUACAGGAGCUCGAAGACAAGGACGACGAGGUUGCGCGCAGAAUUCGUGAACUGCGAAAGCAGAAGAUGUUGCGCGACAAAACAGCCGGCAAGCAGCCUGUCGGCGUCCAUGCAGGGGCUUCCGUAGGCAGCGCCCGCGUUUCACCCGGUGCAACCAUACAGCCAUCCCCAACCUCAUCUGUAUCAAGCAUGUCGGAGAGACGAAUGCAGGACCCCACCAAAGCACACAGAGUGCUGGGGAUCACAAUGCAACAAGGUGCGCCCGACUCCCAAGAACGCCAGCUACCGGAACUUCCCAAUGGGAAUAAUAGGAUCGACAAAACCAGGAUGCAGGUGCGUGGGCACACACGGACCAGGAGCUCGACUACAAACGACAUUGACGAGCUUACCCCGCUUCCGAUCAAUUAUACACUCGCACUUCAGUCUCUGGAACGGCUCGACAGUAAUCCUCCGCCACCCAGCAGUGGUAACACUUCGACUACCGUCAGCGAGAAGGCCAGCAGCACGCCGCCGCGCCGGGCAAAAUCCAUGGCCGUAGGAGGGCGAUCUGCGGCCGGCCGCAAGUCAAUGAUCAUAGGCGCACCCCCGGAGCACAGAUCAAGCACAGGUGUAAACACCCGCGAGAGCAGCGACAGCGUCUCAAGGCCGAUUCGUUCCGCUAGUGAAGAGCUUGCAACUCGACGUGAGACCCUAGGCCUACCGCCAUCUACUUCGAACAGCCUCAAGCACCGACCUACUGUCAAGAAGAAACGAUGGUCCCACCCCGACCUACCUGUGAAAGCAGAAAAGGCGCACAAUGCGAAGGUUGAUGCUCUUAAUGCUGCGACCGCAAGGGGAGUGCAGAUCCGCGCACUGCCUGUUCAAAGCCCACCUCAUUCCGUCAUCGAGGAACGACCAGCAAGCAUCGAUUCGAUCGAUAUGGAGGUCGAAGGCUAUCUCAAUUCACCGCGCUUGUCGCAAAGGAUACGCCAUCCCCAGACUGGACGCGUCAUCUCGUUCUCCGAAGUGGGCGAUCCGCAAGGCUUUGCUGUUUUCGUCUGUGUGGGUAUGGGCCUAACAAGAUAUGUGAUGGCGUUCUAUGAUCAGCUGGCCCUGACGCUGAAGUUGCGACUGAUCACUCCGGACCGUCCUGGUAUUGGAGGGAGCCAAGUGGAUCCCAAUGGAACUCCUCUAAGUUGGCCAGACGAUGUUUUGGUAAUCUGUCAAACUCUCAAGAUUACGAAGUUUUCCCUCCUUGCACACUCGGCCGGUGCCGUCUAUGCUCUUGCCACAUCACUACGUAUGCCACAGCAUAUCCGCGGUCAAGUGCAUCUUCUUGCGCCCUGGAUCCCUCCUUCGCAAAUGGCGCCCAUUGGCAUCAACCAGGACCAGCCUCCCACGCAACAGCUCCCUAGGUCUCAACGCUUCCUCCGCGCUUUACCGCCAUCUCUGUUGAAGGUUGCCAACUCGACCUUCCUCAGCGCCACCAGUGCGAGCCUCCAGCGUACUGGCCCAAAGAACUCACCCAAGACCAAGAGAAAGAGCGUUAGCCCGGCAUUUGAUACGACUCCUCAGGAGCGACCAGUCACACGACCGGAACUUGGAAAUGCCAGGCGGGAAUCCAUGAUGAAGAUGGAUCAAGUCAUUCCAAAGACCAGUUCACUAUCCCUCGCCCUUGCAAACCCGGCGGACCCGAACUACGAGAAGGCCAGGCAGAUGAAGGAAGCCUUUACAUUUGCCGAACGCCAACGACAGCACGACUUUGACGAACGUCUCACAUUUGCCAUCUGGGACCGCGCGACUGCGCACGCAAACCCCGCAACUGAUCUUAUCGUAUGCCUCGAGACGAAACAGACCAUUGGCUUCAGAUACGAGGACAUCAACCGCUCCGUCGUCAUCCACCACGGCAGCAAGGACACCCGCGUGCCGGUCGACAACGUCCGCUGGCUGGGUCGUCUGAUGCGCAAAUGCGAGGUGCGGAUUCUGGAGGGCGAGCAGCACGGUCUCAUGGCCAGCGCGCAGGUCAUGGGCAACGUGCUCACGGAGAUGGCGAGCGACUGGGAAGACUGGACUACGGUUGUGCAGGGCAAGGCGCACGGGGAGCGCAGCAUCUCACGGAAGCGCACGGCCGAGCGCCUGCGCAACAUCGCGAGCAGGCACGGUAAAGACACGGCGAACUGAUCCGAACCUUUCCAACGGCAGACGGCCUCACGAUACCAUUCGAUGCGACUCCAUGCGGUAAUGAUGACGAGACGGCAGAGCGUUGUGUGCGACUUUUCUGGCACGUGUUUUGACGACGACUUUACUUCUCCCCUUGCAAGGCUUUUGCUUCUUUUCUGGAUUGAUGGAUGCUUUGUUCACUAUUAUCCACUUCCUCACAGCCAAUUCUGUUGUACUUUUUUCUCUUUGGCAGUGCUUUUUGACUUCUUUGACUACCCUACCCUGUUUUCGGCGAAUAUACCCUCGGUUUGGCGCGCGGGACCGGUUGGCUGCAUGAUGAAUGUUUGGUGCCUGGAUUUUUGGAAAGAGCCUCGAGCUAUUGAACAGCGCUCGGAAUGACUAAAGGAGGUGGGUGGAGGGGGGCGGGGUGGAAGCAUGUGCACAAAGCCUCAUGCUAUGCUAUACGGUACUGUGAUUAAAUAGAUAAACCUUAAUACCAC